AUGCGCUACUACGAGAACAGGUUCCCAGAGGUCGACGAGGUGGUGAUGGUGCAGGUCAAGCAGAUCCAGGAGAUGGGCGCCUACGUGAAACUGCUCGAGUACGACAACAUCGAGGGAAUGAUCCUCCUCUCCGAACUGUCGAGGCGGCGAAUCCGCAGUAUCCAGAAGCUCAUCCGUGUCGGGAGGAACGAGGUCGUUGUCGUCAUGAGGGUUGACAAGGAGAAGGGCUACAUUGACUUGUCCAAGCGACGAGUCUCUCCCGAGGACGUCAUCAAGUGCGAGGAGCGGUACAACAAGUCCAAGACGGUGCACACCAUCGUCCGACAUGUCGCCGAGAAGACGGGCAAGGAGAUGGACGAGAUCAUGGAGCUGGUUGCGUGGCCCUUGUACAAGAAGUACGGGCACGCGUUUGAGGCGUUCAAGCUGUCCAUCAGCGAGCCCGAGACCGUCUUUGCCGACAUGAACAUUCCCGAAGACAUCUACAGCGAGCUGCGAGUCAACAUUGCUCGCCGCCUGACGCCCCAACCGGUCAAGGUCCGCGCCGACAUCGAGGUGACCAACUUCAGCUACAACGGCAUCCUGACGAUCCAAGAAGCGCUCGCGGCGGGCGAGUCGCUCUCGACCGAGGAGAUCCCCAUCAAGAUCCGCCUCGUCGCGCCGCCGCUGUACGUCAUGGUGACCAACACGACGGACAAGCAGGGCGCGAUCGAGCGCCUCGAGCAGGCGAUUGAGAAGAUUGGAGAGGUCAUCAAGAGGGAGGACGGUGGGUUCCUCAACGUCAAGAUGAAGCCCAAGGCGGUCUCGGAGACGGACGACCUCGAGUUGGCGGCGUUGAUGGACCGCGUCGCGAGGGAGAACAAGGAGGUGUCCGGCGACGAGGACUCGGACGGCGAGUAG